GGCAACCUCUUGUCGGCCGUUGCAGGCUGGGCGGCCUAUGAUUGAAACAAGUUAACAUGAAUCGGUUGUCAUUGUGUCGCACUUCAUAAGGCGCUUGAUUGACCGAGGACCAGUCAUGUGAGCGCAGGUCCGAACGCGUGAAUUUCGAUGACUUUUCAUUGACAGUUUCCUUGAGAAAAUAGUGAUAUGAACUAAGAGGACAAGACGAGAACUGUUAUUUGAGAAACCUUUAUCUUUUUGUUGUGGUUUAUCUUGGCGUGAGCUGAACUGGCAGUAUUAACUAGAAGGCUCAUAAGUGUGUAACAAUGGUCGGUGUUACGUAUCAGCAGCACACGCACCCGGCGCAGUGCCAGUAUUGUGCCUUCUGGUCCAUCCACCGCUUCGGCACCUCGCCCAGGACCCCCAAGACUGGUAAGACGCCCAGGACGCCCAAAACGCCGAAAGGAAUCCUGAAAUGCAAGCACUUCUUCCCCACCGACGAGAACGGAGGCGCAGCUGCGAAGGACAAACUUUGCAAGAGUUCCAAGCAUAAGGAUAAGGACAGGGACAAGGACAAGGACAAAGAUAAAGAUAAGAGCAAGUUGCAUAGGUCGCAUUCGGGCAAAAGCAAGAGUAGGGCCAAGGAUGCGGCCAAGGCAGAGGCAGCUGCAGCCAAGGCCGAGGCUAAGGCCGAGGCGAAGGCUGAGGCCAGGGCCGAGGCCGAGAAGGCUGAGGCGCAGGCCAAGGAAGCAGCCGCAGCCGUAGCGGCGGCGGCUGAGCCUGGGGCCGCGCCCAAAGAGGAUGUGAGGCCGGGCACCUCGGACAGGGAUCCUGCCAAGGCCGAGGCUACCUCUGCAGACGCAGCCAAGGCAGAUGAUGCGGCCAAAGCCGAAGCUGAUAAGGCCGACGGGCCUGUCAAGGAAGCCGAGAAGCCUGAUGCCCCGGCCAAAGAGCCAGAGGCUCAGAAGCUAGAAGCCAAACCGGACGAAGUUGGAAAGAUGGAGGAAGCCAUCAUCGCUGCACUGGGGAAGGACGCCAAGGACCAGCUCGUCCCUUUAGGAAAGCCCACGGAAAGUGUGCCAUCCUCUGAGCAGAAGGAAGAGCCCAAGGAAGCCGACAAAGGUGGUGCCAAGGAAGCCGAGAAGGUGAGCGCCCAGGAAGCCGGCAAGGAAGGUGCCAAGGAAGCCGAGAAAGCGAGCGUCCAGGAAGGCGAGAAGGAAGCGGCCAAAGAAGCAGAAAAGGCUAAGGUAGAUGGGGAACAGAAAGAGGAGGUGAAGAAGGAAGAAGCUGCCGCUGCUCCUGCUGUGGAGGAGAAGGAAGAAGCCGCCCCAGUGCAGGAGGAAAAGAAGGAAGAGGUAGCAGCCCCAGUGGAGGAAGCAAAGGAAGAAGCAGCUGCACCAGCCCAGGAGGCUGCAGCCCCCCAACCCACACCAGUUACAAAAGAAGAAGCUGUAGUUGAUACUGCCCCAGUCAUUGAGGCUGCACCUGCACCUGUUGAAGAAGUUGCCCCAGUUGCAGAAGCUGCUCCGGUAGUUGAAUCUGUCCCAGCACCAGUUGAAGAAGUUGCCCCUGUUGUUGACUCUGCCCCUGCACCUGUUGAAGAAGCUGCCCCUGUUGUAGAAGCUGCUCCAGUCACUGAAACUACCCCAGCACCUGUUGAAGAAGUCACCCCGGUUGUGGAAGCUGCUCCAGUUGAAGAAGUUGCACCUGUUGUCGAAUCUGCCCCUGCUCCAGUUGAAGAAGUUGCACCUGUUGCAGAAGCUGCCCCAGUUGUUGAAUCUGCCCCUGCUUCAGUUGAAGAAGUUGCACCUGUUGUAGAUGCUGCCCCAGUUGUUGAAUCUGCUCCUGCACCUGCUGAAGAAGCAGCCCCAGCAGAGGUUUCGGAAGCUGUUCCAGUUGAAGAUGCCGCCCCUGUUACAAAAUCCGCCCCAGUGGAAGAAGCCGUCCCAGUAGUUGAAUCUGCUCCAAUUGUAGAGGCUGUUGUUGAAGAAUCUUCAUCUACUAAAGAGGUUACUCAGGUAUCAGAGAAUAAUAGACAAUCUCCCAUCUCUAACCCAACUUCUGAAGUUUCCUUUAUCCCAGAAUUCCAGGAGAAUUUUGAAUCUGCCCCAUUAGUAGAGGAACUAUUAACAGUAGUUGAUUCCCAGGUGUUGGAAGCUAACACUGAGCAGAUUUCUGCUCUUAACAAUGUAAGUAAAAGCGAUGCCCUCUUAGAUGAGCCUGACUUUCCUGAGGCUUUGGAACAGCCGUUCCAGGAGAUGGUAGCCUUAACAGAGGAAACAUCAGCUGUGAAAGAGAGCACGAGUGCUGAAUCUGAGCCUGUAAAGGCGAGCGAGGUGGGUUGCCAAUGUGGAGCACUUAAAACGGUGAAGUCUGCCGAAGGAACCAGUGACCGAAGUGAAGCCCCUACUAAUCAGGAGCAGAAAGAGGAAACCCCUGCUGUUCAGGAGACUGCAGAGAAGGUUGAGGAGCCAGCACCAGCUGCACCAGAGACAGCUGCACCAGCAGAAGAGGUCAAGGAAGAAGCAGCAAAGGAGGAAGCUGCCCCUGCUGCAGAGACCACAGAAACUGCAGCUGAAACUUCUGCUGAAACCCCAGCAGCUGAACCUGCAGCUGAAGAGAAGACUACUGAGGAAGUGGUGGAAAGUGUUGCCAGUACCGAGGCUCCCGUUGUAGAAUCGCAACCAGAGCAGAAAGACGAACCUGCUCAGGAAACUGCCCCUACCCAGGAGGCAGCACCUGCUCAGGAACCAACCCCAGUAGAGGCAGCCCCUGUGCAGGAAGCCACUCCUGUUGCAGAAGAGGCACCUGCACAGGAGUCAGUCCCUGCUAAGGAGGAGGCUCCUGUUCAGGAAGCAGCCCCUGAGGAAGUACCUCAGACCACAGAGGCUGCAGCUGAACCUACACAACAAAAUGACGUGACUCAGAGCACCGAGUCCACAUCUGAACAGAGUGCAGAACAGGAUACCACACAACAGGAAACCAAGGCUGCCCGUAAGCCAGCAAAGAAAGUAGCAAGGAAGGUCAGGAAGAACUGAGCCUCCUGCAGCUGAAGUAAGUCCGAGGAAGGAGAGAAGGUCGAAGAGUAAAAUGACCUCGUGUGCGAUGUAACAAGCCAUUCCACCGUCAAGCUUCGUCGUGCCCCCCACCCCCUCCCCCCUGGAAUCAGCAACCCCCAAAACAGCAACGUAGCCUCUGUCGGCUUGGGUUGCUGCAUUGAUAGUUCCCCACGUUUAUAUUUGAUACGUCCACCUAUCUGCCAGCAUUUAGUCUUACAUUUUAUCUAGGAGAAUCUGAAUUUAAAAAGGUACCCUAUAAAGCAUAUCUAGGCGUGUACAGUAUGCAGUUUAUUGACUUUCCCUUCAGUGCACACAGUGAUGGAUUGAUGAGCAGAGUUGCUGUGCCUUACCACAAGCCUUGAGGAUUCACGGUCAGUGGAAAGGACCUUGCAAGCCGGGGAUACUGGGGAGGGGAAGAGGAUGAAUGAUGCUAACACGACUCGAUUUUGUGUGUUACCCAGCAUAGACAAACACAGAUUAGUCUUAAGUGGAGAUAUCACAAAAUUCAAUACAUAUUUCGGUAUAUGCGGCAACACUUGAUAUAUAUAGCUGUUGGUGUAAUAAAAAAAAAAUAUAUUUAAAAAAAUCAUUAAAAAAAUAAAUAAAUAAAUAAAAAUUGUAAUAAAAAUAAGUGUGGUGGUUUUGACCUCCAACUACAUGUGAGGCAAGAGCAGUCCACCAAUAGGAAAUCAGAGUGUUUAGCCGCAGUCAGUGAAAGUGAUUGGCAGGCCCACCCAACCAAAGUCCUCCCAAUCUGUAUAUUGUAAUUUGUGAUUUUUCUAGGCUCUGUUGAAUGGAUUUGUGUGAUGCUCAUUUGAUGUGUUUCUUAAAUUGUCGUCUCUGGAGGGAGGAUUCUGGCUGGGGUGGGGAAGAGAGGAAACUUUUUGUAUAGUUUGUAUUAUGUAUUGUGAAUAAGGGUGAAAUUUUUUGCUAGAGCAAGAAAACUAUUAUUAAAAAUAGUGUAAAUUCUAGAAAACAAAAAUGGAAAUUAGUUAUUUUACCAGUAGUGCUUAUAAUUUGAUGGUACUUUUGUACUUUGAUGAUCUAGAGAAAGAUACGAUUUGUAUACCCAAAUCUGUCAAUAGGAUAUCUCUGUAUUGCUCAUGUAGUAAUGUUUUCUCUUUUUUUAUUACUGCUGAUAUUUUAAGUCUAGUUUCCUUGAUUGUUCCAUGACAUGUGCUUUUGCCUACUAGUUGAUAAGGCUCAAGCACCAUGAAAAUUGCUGUUGCGUCAUGUCCCAGAUGAUUGAUGUAAGAAUCUCUGCAAGCUCCUCUAAUGCAGAAAGUUAAAGGAUUAAAAUUAAGUGUUUGCAGAGAUAACACAACAGUUAAAAAACUCCUGAUUUAUUGUAGAGUUGAAUACCAUAGAUUUAAUAUACUGGUGUCACGAACCUCUUGCAUUAUAUUUUUCAGUCAUAUCAUUUUCGUAAGUUUAUUUUAUCCCAUAAUUAAUAGUAGUAGCUUUGAUUUUUUUUUUUUUUCUUCUUUUUUCCUUUUUUUCUAUUUUACUUUUCUCAUCUUUUGUAAUUCAAGUUUAAUGCAAAAGCACUUUAUUGGACUAUUAGAAAGCUUGAUACAAUUUUUAAGUAUAUUACCGUUGUGUUUUAGUGAAAUCUAGCCACAUUUUCCAACAAAAAAAUGUAAGCAGAAUGCACAAUACUUUUGUCCUGGCAUUGGCAAUGAGCAAAAUUUUACUGGUGCUUUGCUGUUUUUAUGAUAUCUUGAUUUGCCGUGUAAUAAAGGAUAUUAAGAAGUUUACACAUUGUAA